AUGGGGAGUCUUCAAGAUCGCGUAAUUAUCAUAACCGGCGCUGCGUCCGGUAUAGGCCUUGCCACUGCAAAGGCUGCCUUGAAAGAGGGCGCAAAUGUACUCGGCGUGGAUGUUGUGGCCGAACCACCGGCAUCGUUGUCGGAAAUAAAUGCCGGGUCUGACACAGACUGUCACUUCUCAUACCAUGCAUGCGAUCUCACAAAGGCGACGUCACCUGCAGAAGUUUUGGCGACCUGUCAAUCCACGUUUGGCGGCAGAAUCGACGUACUUUUCAAUAUUGCCGGUGUGAUGGAUCACCAUGGGAGCAUUGAUACCGUUACAGAUUAUGAUUGGGAGCGAUGCAUGGCGAUCAAUGUGACGGCACCUGUCAAGCUCAUGCGGGAGGUAAUACCGGCUAUGCGGGACCAGCAACAAGGGGUGAUCGUCAAUAUGGCCAGCCGGGCGGGGCUUAGUGGAGCUGCGGCCGGGGUGGCAUACACCGCAAGCAAACACGCCAUUAUCGGGGUCACGAAGAAUGUCGCCUGGCGAUUCAGGGAUGAAAACAUCCGCUGCAUUGCAGUUUGUCCUGGAGGCGUCGGUGAUACAGCGAUCGUGAGUAGUGUUGACCCAGGGAGCUUCGAUAAAGAGGCCAUGGCGAAAACCAUGCCGAUCAUCAAUGCCGUCUACAGGCAGCGCAAUGAGAAUUUCAAGGCUAUGAUGCCUGAGGAACUCGCGGAAACUCUCAUGUUCCUGGUUGGGGAAGGUAGUAAGAGAAUCACGGGAGCCGUGAUUCCUAUUGACGAUGGCUGGUCAACGAUUUAG